AUGGUAAUAAUUUCCAAAUGCAAGGUCGACGAAGGCAUAUUGACGUUCUGCAGGAAAGGCAACGACGGCCCUUGGUCCAGCUUUGUGCUCCAGGUCGGCACACCAUCCCAGAAAGUUGACGUUGACAUCUCCAUCGGCGGACAAGAAACUUGGGUCAUAGUAGAAGAGGGAUGCCCACCGUCUAACCCCAGCGGAGACCAAUGUGAAGAUCUCCGAGGUGGACUCUUCAGAAUGAACAAUUCCAGGACAUGGGAAUCGGCGUCCCAGAUCUGGAACGAUUCAGGGAUCUAUGAACUCGGUGGUCAGGUCGACAAUUAUCUCGGUCUUACUGCACUUGGGAGAUUUGGGUUCGACACUGUCAAGCUCCCUUUUAGUGAUGGAACGAUGUUGCCAGUGAACCACUCGGUCGUGGCGGGAAUAGCCGCAACGAAAUUUUAUGUAGGCAAAUUCGGCGUCAGUCCGCUGGCGACAAACUUCACCGCGGCUGACGGCGGAAGUGAUCCGAAUGUUCGUACGAAGCGACCCAGCUUUCUCUCAUUACUGAAAGAGAACGGCAAGAUCCCUAGUUCUUCGUUUAGCUUCACCGCCGGAUCAUACACGCGCUCUUCGACUGAGAGGAACGCACUGGGCUCGUUUAUUUUCGGUGGUUACGACGCCUCCUUAAUCGGGCCUAGCAGUACAUCCUUCGACUUUGGCUCCGACAAUGGUCGUGAGUUAAUGGUUGGUAUACAAGCCAUCAAGAAACAUGCCGGCGACAACGAGACAGACCUUCUGCCGACCCCGCUAUUGGCAGCGCUCGAUUCAUCCCAACCAAAUAUUUGGCUGCCAGAGUCAGCAUGCAAGCAAUUUGAGAGUGCGUUUGGACUUGAGUGGAAUGAAACGGACAAGCUUUAUAAGGUCAACGACUCGUUGCAUGACAAGCUUGUCAAGGAGGAUGCCACCGUAACUUUCAGCUUAGGGGAGGUCCACGAAGACUCUGGAGGAGAAUCGGUUGACAUCGUUUUUCCUUACAGCGCAUUUGACUUGACGGCUACGUGGCCAGUGGUAAGCGAGGGCAGUAGUACAUACUUUCCGCUGAAGAAGGCGGCAAACAGUUCGCAGGUACGUCUGUCCAUUCGAAGUAUUCGGAAAACAUGGGUAGUGCGAGCUGCGCUGAGGUUUUACGAGCAGUACACACUCGGCCGAACGUUUUUACAAGAAGCAUACCUCAUCACCGACUGGGAGCGACGCAACUUUUCGCUGUCCCAACGUUCAUGGAAUUCAAGCGCUGCGCAAGAUAUCGUUUCCAUCAAGUCCCUCGACGACAGUUCCGUCAGCUCUGGAGAUAACUCUUCCGCGGAUCCGGCAUCGAGAUCUAAAAACAAAUCUCUCAGUGGAGGCGCGAUUGCGGGUAUUUCGAUUGGUUGCGUCGUAUUCGCCAUUAUAGUUAUAGGUGCUUUUGUCUGGAUACGUCGCAAGAAAGCCAAGGCAAAGAGCCUGAAGCCAGAUGGCGAGCCGUUAGCAAUGGCGGAAUAUAACGCAACAGCUUUCUCCGGGGCCGAACUGGAAGGUCUCCGGAACAUGACCAAUGAAAUGGACAACAGCAACCAGGUGAAACCCGAGAUGCUUGGAGACAUUGAGCACCGCCUUGAGAUGGAUGGUAGCAACCAGAUCAAUCCUGAGCUACUUGGGGAUAUAGAGCAUCGGGUCGAGAUUGACGGCACGGUCAAGCCGGCUGAGCUUGUUGGAGAUGCAUCGAACGUCCAAAUUCACGAGCUGGUGGGCGAUGAACCUAACCAGGAGGGUGAUGAACCAAACCUUGAGUUGGCAGGUGACGAGCCAAACCUGCAGGAGCAGCGGUCAGCAAGGCAAUAAGCAUGUUUCAGUUUCGUUCGGAAUGAUACCCUUCGGAUAUAGCAUGUAACUUAUGCUUAACUCAAACGGAAGAUCCCUUAAAUCUUGCAUUACAUUCUUGAAUCAUCGACUGUUAGAAUUGAAGAAGCACUCUAGGUGAUGGAAAAAAAAAAAAAAAAAAA